AAAAAAAUUAAAGGAAAAAAAAAUCCGACAAGAGGUGGUUACUGCCAAAGAGAAGUGAGAAGCGAUAAGAGAGUAAGGCUCAGAUUCACUUACAAGUCAGAGUCCGAAUCAGCGUUGGUUCACCGAUCAAAUGGCCACCGUAAUCGACGGCAAGGCGGUGGCACAAACUAUCAGAUCUGAGAUCGCGGAGGAAGUGCGCGCCCUCUCUCAAAAGUACGGCAAGGUUCCGGGGUUGGCGGUGGUGAUAGUAGGGAACAGGAAGGACUCGCAGAGUUACGUGCGAAUGAAGAGAAAGGCGUGUGCUGAAUUAGGGAUUAAGUCUUUCGACAUUGACCUUCCCGAACAAGUUUCCGAAUCCGAUUUGAUUAAGCAAGUUCACCAGCUCAAUGUUAACCCUGAUGUUCACGGUAUAUUGGUUCAGCUUCCAUUGCCAAAGCAUAUCAAUGAAGAGACAGUUCUCAGUGAAAUCAGCCUUGAGAAGGAUGUGGAUGGCUUCCAUCCUCUCAACAUUGGAAAGCUUGCAAUGAAAGACAGAGAUCCACUCUUCCUUCCUUGCACUCCCAAGGCAUGUAUCGAACUCUUAUCGCGAAGUGGUGUAAGUAUAAAGGGAAAGAAAGCAGUGGUGGUUGGUAGAAGCAACAUAGUUGGAUUACCAGCUUCAUUGCUGCUUUUGAAAGCAGAUGCAACGGUUACUAUUGUCCAUUCUCGCACAACUCAACCGGAAAGUAUCAUACGCGAAGCUGAUAUUGUUAUCGCCGCAGCAGGGCAGCCGAUGAUGAUCAAGGGAAGUUGGAUCAAGCCUGGAGCUGCAGUGAUCGAUGUCGGCACAAAUGCUGUCGAUGACCCGACGAAGAAGUCUGGUUACAGGCUUGUUGGUGACGUAGAUUUUGAGGAAGCAUCUAAAGUAGCUGGUUGGAUUACUCCUGUUCCUGGUGGUGUUGGUCCAAUGACUGUCACAAUGUUGCUGCAUAAUACUCUCGAGGGUGCCAAGCGCUGCUUUGAGAAGAAGCACUGAUAUUCCUCUUGAUGUAUAAUUGAAUAAAAAACAAUAAGAAACAAGGUGUUCACUUUUAGUGGAAGUUCUUUGAGAAUCAGUUAUAUUAUCCACUAUUUGAUUUCCCUCCUUCUUAGGUGGAUAGAUGUACUAUAGUAUCAAACUGGAAGUUUCGGUUUUUAAACGAGUUUUGUUUUUUUUA